AACCUGACAGUUUUAACUUCUUUGUUUUCAGCUAUCAAAAAUUCACAACUAUGUAAACAUAAAGACUAUUAUGUAAAAGAUUCAUGUAACGCGUGUUUCUGCGCGCGGAAAUUCUGGCAUUGUACAGAUAAUAUUCAUUGUGUUCCUGACAAGAAUAAGAAGCCUCAAAUUGAAACAGAAUGCCCUUUAGGACAACAAUUUAGAGUGGGUGCAUGUCAUCGGUGUUAUUGCAUGCAUCUUGACGGUUCAUAUACCUGUAAGCGGGAAAUAAACUGUGUUACCGUCACAGACUGUUCAAAAGAUAAAUACUGGUUUCCAAAAGUUUGUCAAGCUGCCAAAACGAAAUCUUGCGAGUUUGCAGACAGAUUAAGACUAGAUGCAUGCAAUUAUUGCGUUUGCAAUUCUGGCAAAGUAUAUACAUGUACGCAAAUCGAAUGCUCCAGUGCCAAAAUUACAGGAAGAUCUGGCAGAUGUGUCGAAGGACACAAAUAUUACUUGGCUGAUAGUUGUAACUUCUGCAUAUGUCAAGGCGGCCAGGAGUUCUGCACGUCAAGACCUUGCCUGCCCAAUGCUGAUGGUAAGUACUUCUUCAAGUAGCGGCGACAUGAACUUCAUUGAAAAACUGUUUUCAGGUGACUUCGAAUCUUUUGCGUGAGGAUUAAAAAAAAAAGAGAAAAAGCGCAAAGAAGGGGAAAUGUAUAAGAAUGAGCAUGAUGAUCCCCAGUGCCCCUAUAUAUGAAUUUGAGAUCACGACGAAGUGCUCUGCACUAAUAGGGAAUGAGCAUGGGGUGGUCAUGGAAUAGGUACAUAAAAGCUUGCUCUGCAUACGAAAGCACUCAUAUAAAAGCCACACUGUAAAAAAGCAUAUUAUAAAUUAGAAGAUUAUAUUCAAGAUAAAAAUGCUUGGAAACAUGCUGGUCCUGCUCCAUAGGACG